AUGCCCGCCGCCGACGCCUUCAUCAACCCGCUCACCGGACAGCCGGCCGUGGCGCAGCCGUCGCUCGGCGCACGCAUCGCCGGCAGCGCGCCGCGCACCACGCCGCCGCGCCGCGGCGCGCGUGCCGGCGGCGUCGCCGGCGGCGCCCUCAAGCGCGCCGGCCUCAUCGACGAGGACUCGGGCAUGCGCGACGCCAGCGGGCCCUCGCGCCGCGGCGGCGGCGGCGCAGCCAAGGGCGGGCGUGCGGCGGGCGGUGCGGGCGGCGGAGCGGCUCGCGAGCGAGCCAACCCGCUCGCACGCCCGCCGCCACGCACGCCGUCGUCGCGCCCCGGCGGCAGCGGCGGCGCCGGCAGCUCCGGCGCGCAGGCCACGGGCGUCGUGUACGGCAUCCGCGGCAGCGCCGCGGGCGCGGGCGCGCCGGGCAAGGGCAAGAACCGCGUCGUGGGCGAGGCACAGGGCGCGCCCGCCGUCAACGCCAAGACGGCCGGCGUGCUGCGGCAGUUUCUCGCGAGCCGCUGGAGCGAGCAGGCGCAGUUCCUCAACCUCGAGGCGAUGGCCGAGGACCCCAUCCUGAAGCGUGCAGAGCUGCGCCCUCCCGGCGCGCCUGGCGCGCCACGCGACCUCGGCAGCGUCAUCUGGAAGCUCUGCGCCGAUGCGUACCCCAACUGCGUCACCAUCUCCCUCGCGAAGAACGACUUCAAGACGCUCGUGCCUGUCGGCACGCUGCCGCAGUUCCUUCCGCGCCUCAAGAAUCUCUCGCUCGAGGGCAACGACCUCAAGUGGACGCGCGACCUUGUCUUCUUUGCCUCGUCCAAGUCACGCGCCACGCCGCGCUUCGAGGCGCUGCACGAGCUCAUUCUGCUCGACAACCCGAUGCAGCAGAAUGCCUGUGCGGCAGGCAACGAGGCUGGCUACCGCCAGGAGGUCCUGGCGCGCUUCGCCGAUCUGACGAUGCUCGACAAGCAGCCAGUGUCGGAGCAAGAGCGCGAGACGGCGCGCCGCAGCAAGGGCAGCAAUGCAGCUCCGCCGGCCGUCACUGCCGGCGUCGAGACAAGAGUCUUCCCCGUGGCCAUGGGCCCUGCCUUUCACUCGCCGGAGAGCGGCGACAUCCCGGCACAGUUCCUGCAGAAGUUCUUCUCUCUGUACGACACCUCGCGCGCCGACCUGCGCCCGGCAUACGCCGCCAACGCCACCUUCUCCGUCGUGCAGCUCAACGCCAUUCCGCCGAGAGCCAGGGCUGCGGGCUACCAGUCGUCGCCCUCGCUGCCGCGCCAGCGUGAUCUCAACUGGCGAGGCUACGCUACCGUGCCGUCCCACAACAUCAUGCAGCUUUCCAACCGCCCGGCCACCAAGGGCUUUCCGCGCGGGCCCAACGCCAUCAUCGGCACGCAGGCAAAGCUGCCGCGCACGAUCCACCCGCUCACCGACCCGAGCAAGUUUCUCGUCGACUCGUGGCUGCUGCAAAACGCGGCACUGGGCGCAAAGAUCAACGCGCCCACCGCACAGCACGGGCACGCGCUCAAGCAGCAGCACCCCCCUGUGCCCGAGCCGGAUGCCGUCUUGUUCAUCAGUGUGCAGGGCGAAUUCCAGGAAGCGCCGUCCCAGGGCGUGCGCUCCUUCACGCGCACCUUUCUCGUGGCGCCCGCCGCGCCUGCCUCGCCUGCCGCAGAGUCGGGAUGGCCGUGCAUCAUCGUCUCCGACCAGCUCACGAUCCGCAACUACAUGGGCACCAAGGCUUGGGCGGCAGAUGCGCUGCCAGUCGAGCAGGCAUCGGGCGCCGGUGCCAGUGGCACAGCUCCUGCGCCUUCGUCCGCCACGGCAGGCACUGCCGAGCUGCCGGCCCGGCUCCGAGACGUGCAGCCGCAGCCCGGCCUCUCGGCCGCGCAGCACGACCUCGCGCUCCAGCUGAGCGCCAAGAGCGGCCUCACAUAUCCGUUCGCCGUGCUGUGCCUAGCUGAGAAUGCCUGGGAGGGGCAGCAGGCAUGGCAGAGGUUCGAAGAGCUCAAGGCGGCCGGCGCCAUCCCCGCCGAGGCCUUCGCAGGGCCCUAGUCCAGCGCGUCGUCCGCGCCCGCCCCGCAUUCCUCUGGCCCUCGCAGCUGCACAGCGUGUGCCCGUCUCCACAUAUCCGCAUCCACUACGCGCCCGCGCCAUUUCUGGCACAGCCAGCUCUCUUAAUCACAGCAUUCUUCCCGUG